AUGUCUGACACGGAAUCAUUGACUGGAGCAACAGGUCUGUUUGAAGAACCAGAAGACUUUCGUCCACCCCCACCAAAACCACAUUUUGCAGCAUAUCAAAGAGAAUAUAUCUCUGAAGAUUCUAAAUCGAAGCAAGAAAAAUUAGACCUUAGAUUGGUUGGCUCUUCUCCAUUAUGGGGACAUCUUUUAUGGAAUGCCGGUAUUUAUACAGCUAAGCACUUGGACAAACACCCUGAAUUAGUUCAGGAUAAAACUGUAUUGGAAUUAGGUGCAGCCAGUGCUUUACCAUCUUUGAUUUCUGCCUUAAUUGGUGCAAAGAAAGUCAUCUCUACAGAUUAUCCAGAUGCUGAUUUAUUGGCAAACAUCCAAUAUAAUGUUGAUCAUUUGGUUUUCAAUGGAGAAGAAUUAUCAAAUGACCCAGCCGUUUUGAAAAGUCAAUUGGAUGAAAGAAAUUUAGUAGUCGAAGGUUAUAUCUGGGGUAAUGAAUAUACUCCUCUAGUAGAUCAUAUUGGGGGCGAUUCAAGUAAAUUUGAUUUAGUUAUUUUAAGUGAUUUAGUCUUCAACCAUACUGAACAUCACAAAUUAUUAAAAACUACAAAGGAUAUGAUGGCUAAAGAUGGUAAAGCUCUGGUAGUCUUUUCACCACAUAGACCUUGGUUACUGGAAAACGAUUUGUCAUUCUUCGAAACAGCUAAAGAAUAUAAUUUGGAACCUACUAAAAUUGAAAUGGUCAACUGGAAACCAAUGUUCGAAGAAGAUGACGAAACAAUAGAGAUAAGAUCUCGUGUGUAUGCAUACUAUUUAACUCAUAAAUAA